UGAGUUCAAGGCCAUCCUGGACUACAUAGUGAGACUCUGUCUCCAAAAAAUAAAAGUAAAACAAAAAACUUGUCACUUUGUCCUGCUGAAUCCUUACAACCAGCCUAUGUGGGAUCACACUGCUCUGUACACAGAGGAGGCAGCUGAGACAGAGAUGUGAAGGGGCCUGGCUAAGUCUUAAAACAAGUAAGGAAGUCAGGAGGGGCCAUGGAGAGGAGUGUGCAGACAAGGAGGAAGAAGACGCUGACCCCAGCCGCCUUCCUUGACGCGAUGAGCCCUCCCACGACCUCCAUCACCACAUCCUCCCCUCCGCCUCCUGACCUGUGGUCCUUCUACCUCCACCUGCUCAGGGCCUCUCUCCCUUAUCAUUCUGAUCCUGCCAGCUUCUGCCACACCUCUUCUCUGACCUUUGCUCUGCUCCAGCCUGUUUUCCUCUGGACCCAGGAACCUCCAGCUCACUUUCACUCACUGCCUGCCUGUGCUGACGUCUUGCCAUGUGCACGGGAAAGUGUGCCCGCUGCGUGGGGCUCUCCCUCAUCCUUCUCUCCCUGGUCUGCAUUGUGGCCAAUGCCCUCCUGCUGGUGCCUGACGGGAAGACCACCUGGACCAAAGACCAUCUCAGCUUGCAAGCCUGGCUCAUGGCUGGCUUCAUCGGUGGUGGCCUGAUGGUACUGUGUCCUGGAAUUGCAGCCGUUCGAGCAGGAGGCAAGGGCUGUUGUGGCGCAGGAUGCUGUGGAAACCGCUGCAGAAUGCUACGGUCAGUCUUCUGCUCGGCCUUCGGAUUGCUUGGUGCCAUCUACUGUCUCGCCGUGUCAGGAGCCGGGCUCCAAAUUGGACCCAAAUGCUUAAUGAACGGCAAGUGGGACUACCACUUCCAAGAAACAUCAGGCGGUUACUUACUCAACAAUACGCAAUGGAACUUGUGCGAGGAGCCACCUCACGUGGUCCCCUGGAAUGUGACGCUGUUCUCCUUACUGAUGACUGCUUCAGGCCUGGAGAUCAUACUUUGUGGAACACAGCUGGUGAACGCGGUCAUUGGUGUCUUCUGUGGAGAUUGCAGGAAAAAGGGCACCGCCGAAUGAGUUUCCACUGGCCACUGAGUUAAACCUGCUCAUUUCUGGACACCUGCCAGGCCCUCCCUCUCCUUGGCUUUCUGUAAUAAACUGCCUUAAGCUCCCUUCCCAGUCUCAGAUCAUGUCCUGUGGGAAGACAACCAAAUACACCAAGGCUUGGGAUUCUCCUGCA